GUUCCCGUCGCAAUGACAAUAUUGUGGCUGACUUUUCUCGGCCUUUGUCUAAAUCUCAGCUCUUUCACCUCGGCGUUGUUCGUACCGCAGCACAAUUGCGAAGGUUAUUUUGACUACUUUGAGGAGGAUAUUGGGGGCUACUUUGGCGUUUUCACGGCUCCCCGCUCUGGAGUUAGUAGUUUAUCAUGGACGGUAUCCUUCUCGGCUCACGGAUAUGAUGAGGACACUGUCAGCCCCCUGAUGCCGUAUCCCUCUAAGGCUCUCGCCUUCGAAAAGAUUCACAACGGAGAACGUGGCACGGUGUUUGUGCGCUUCCAGGAUUUUGGAAACGAGCUCCCCAAACUUACCUACGCGGAAGUUAAUGGAGAGGUCUUGUGUGAAGACAAUGAAUACAAAGCCCCUUCCAUAACGUUGACCAGAACUCUGUUGAUGUCCACCUCAGCGCCCAAUAGUCAAAGCACUGCACCAAGUAAACAUUUAGUGCCACCGCCACCGCCACCUCCAAAACCAUCCACAACCCUUAACGACAAUCCGUUCUCAAGACGCUCUGCACCGCGGAUUGAAUCCGACUUUGAUCAGUGCGGCGAGGAGGGUUUUGGGCCCCUGCAGAUUGGAGGUGAGCUGGUGACCCGGGGUCAGUAUCCCUGGCUGGCAGCCCUCUACGACGACCGCUCUUUCGAGAAAUACACGUGCGUUACUUCGGUGAUCUCUAAGCGGACUGUCAUCACAGCGGCCCACUGCAUCCAUGGCAAAAGUCCCAGCCAACUGUGGGUCUAUCUGGGCAGGCACGAUCGCAACGAGAACCCGGAGAGUGGAGCCUUAUUGGUCAGUGUGAACAGAGUGCUCACUCCUUCCGAGUUCGAGGGCGAUAUCGUUCCGGAUAAGGACGUGGGCCUUCUGGUGCUGGACGAGCCGAUAGUGUACACCAAAUACAUUAAGCCCCUCUGCCUUUGGAGCAAGGACUUAAGGGUUUCACCCGAUGAGGGCGAAACGGGCAUGGUGGCCGGAUGGGGAUAUGAUCAGACUGGCGAGAAGACCCGUUUUCCCAUGACAGUCAACGUGCGACUGGUGCCACUGAUUCGGUGUCUCAAGGAGAUGAAGCGAGCGGAGGAUUUCCUCACCUCACGGACCAUUUGUGCUGGAAAUUCACAGGCGCAUGGUCCCUGCUUCGGAGACUCGGGGUCUGCACUGGUUGUCCUGCGAAAUAACCGAUAUUAUGUUCGGGGCAUUGUUUCCAUAUCACCUCGCCAAGGAUUUACCUGCGACCUCAGCGGGUACGUCAUUUACUGUGAUGUCGCCAAGCAUAUCGACUGGGUUCGGCAAAAUAUGGUGGUGUAAACAGAUAAUUUCGGUGCUAAAUCAUAAAUAAAAAAAAAAUGAACAUAUAUAAA